AAGACAUUAAGCAAAAGGAUAUGGAACUCAGAAGACAGAAUGGGGUUCCUGAAGAGGACACUGUCCUGGAUGAGCUUGACAAAGAAGACACUACUCGUGAUUCUGUGUCUCCAGAAUCAGAGUCAGAAGAAGAUGGAAUUCACGUAGACUCACAAACGGCUCUUGCUUUAAAAGAAAAGGGCAAUAAAUACUUCAGACAAGGAAAAUAUGAUGAUGCCAUUGAAUGCUACACCAAAGGCAUGCACGCUGAUCCUUAUAAUCCUGUGUUACCAACAAACAGAGCAUCAGCAUACUUUAGAUUGAAAAAAUUUGCUGUUGCUGAGUCUGAUUGUAAUUUAGCCAUUGCCUUGAAUAGAGAUUAUACAAAGGCUUAUGCCAGACGAGAUGCUGCUCGCUUUACUUUGCAAAAAUUAGAGGAUGCCAAAACAGAUUAUGAAAAAGUUUUAGAACUGGAACCAAAUAACUUUGAAGCAACGAAUGAACUGAGGAAAAUUAAUCAGUUUUAA